AAAAGGAUGUAGUCCCUUUUUAGAUCAUGAAGUUGAUUAUCAAAAACUAAAUAGUGCCAUGAAUGACUUCUAUAAUAACAUGUGUCAAGAUAUAGAAAUAAAACCAUUAAUGUUGGAAGAAGGGCAGGUUUGUGUGGUGUAUUGUCAGGAACUGAGGUGUUGGUGCAGGGCUGUUAUUAAGUCCAUUGUGUCUUCGGCCGACCACUACCUGGCAGAAUGUUUCCUUGUGGAUUUUGCCAAGUACAUCCCCGUGAAAUCUAAAAACAUCAGAGUGGCAGUGGAAACCUUUAUGCAGCUUCCCUACCGAGCGAAGAAAUUCAGGCUGUACUGCACCAAGCCUGUCACGUUGCACAUUGACUUCUGUGAAGACAGCGCUGAAAUCGUACCUACCAAGAAGUGGGACAGUGCAGCGACUCAGUACUUCCAGAACAUCCUAAAAGCAACCACCCAGGUGGAAGCCAAAUUAUGUGCUGUGGAAGAAGAUGCUUUUGAGGUCUACCUUUAUGCAACUAUAAAAAAUGAAAAAGUCUGUGUUAAUGACGAUCUGGUUGCGAAGAACUUUGCUCGUUACAUAUCACCCAAGGAGAAUAAAAACAUGGAUUCUGUAGAGAAAUCAAGUUUGAGUACAAAGUCAGCAUCCUUCUCCAGGAGACUCAAUCCAGCACUCACUCUCUGGCCAAUGUUCUUACAAGGAAAAGAUCAUCAAGGAAUGGAAAAUUCACAUGGUUUAACUUUUCUGGCUCAGUCCCUCCAGCAUCCGUGGCCCAAGGGUGUUGUUGGUGACCUUGGGCCGACUGCUAUGAUCCUGGAUAGAACUAUAAAAUGUAGGGAUUCAUUGAGAGGUUCACCUAAAAAAAAGUCUGAAAAGAAGCAACAGCACAUCUUGAAAGAUGUAAAUAAGUGUGUUAAAUCCUCCGUGUACUGGCCAACAAAGAGGGGAAUAACCAUAUAUGCUGAGCCAGAUGUACCUGCCACGAGUGCUUUGUGUCAGAAGCCAAAUGAGAAACCACUUAGGUUGGCCGAGAAGAAAGAACACAAUGAGAAGAAUGGCUGUGUGAAAUUGUUGCAGUUUUUAAAUCCUGAUCCUUUGAGAGCUGAUGGGAUCUCUGAUCUGCAGCAGCUGCAGAGGCUGCGGUCUGGCUUCCAGCAGCCCUUGGCCGUGCUCCGGAACAAGAUCGAGCCUUGCUUGACCGUGGACACAGCGCCGCUUUCGGCAGACCUGAGAAAGGCUCUUCAGAGAAAUAGGUUCCCGGGACCCAGCCACACGGAAUCCUACUCUUGGCCACCCAUAGCCCGGGGCUGUGACGUGGUGGUCAUCUCUCACUGUGGAAAAAGUCCCCUUCUCUACCUCCCACCUGUGCUUACAAUUCUGCAGACGGGGGGCUGCUACAAGUCUUUACCAAGCAGAAACGGACCUCUGGCAGUCAUCGUGUGUCCUGGGUGGAAAAAGGCUCAGUUUAUUUUUGAAUUGCUGGAAGACUAUAGCACGUCCUCCAGGCCUCUUCAUCCCAUGUUGUUAACAAUCGGACUCCACAAAGAUGAAGCCAAAAACAUGAAGCUUCCAAGGGGGUGUGAGGUCAUCAUUACGACACCCCACAGCCUCCUGAGAUUUCUCAGGUACCAGAGCUUGUUAUUUCUUAGACUCUGUCAUCUCAUCUUGGAUGAGGUAGAGGUGCUGUUCUCUGAAGCUAGCAAGGAGAUGUUUGCUAUACUAGAUAACUUUAAAAAAAAUAUUGACAUUGAAGAAAGGGAAUCUGCACCACAUCACAUUGUUGCCGUGGGCGUUCACUGGAGUGGACACAUAGAACAGUUGGUCAAGGAGUUCAUGAAUGACCCCUACAUCGUGGUCACAGCCAUGGAAGAGGCUGCUCUCUAUGGCAGCGUCCAGCAGGUAGUGCACCUUUGCCUAGAAUGUGAAAAAACCUCUACUUUACUCCAGACUCUAGAUUUCAUUCCAAGUCAAGCACAAAAGACCUUGAUCUUCACUGGUUCUGUAGCUGAAACAGAAACCGUGUGUAAGGUAAUAGAAAGCAGUUCAGUAUUUUGCUUGAAAAUGCAUAAAGAAGUGGUUUUUAAUUUAAAAAGUGUUUUAGAACAGUGGAAGAAGAAGUUAAGUUCUGGCUCUCACAUUGUCUUAGCCUUGACGGAUGACUGCAUACCGCCCUUGGCCAUCACCGACGCCACGUGUGUGAUUCACUUCAGCUUUCCUUCCUCCCCCAAAAUUUUUGGUGGACGCCUGUACUGCAUGUCGGAUCAUUUUCAGAGUUCCAUCGAGCAGGGUUCUCCUGCAGAACAGGCGGAGAAGAAGACCAAAUCCGUCUUGCUGCUGACGGAGAAGAACGCGUGCCACGUGGUCGGCGUCCUGCGCUACCUGGAGCGGGCAGAUGCCAAGAUUCCGUCGGAGCUCUAUGAGUUUACUGCGGGGGUUCUGGAAGCCAAGGAAGAUAAAAAAGCCAGAAGGCCUCUCUGUCCAUAUCUUAAGGCAUUUGGUUUUUGCAAAGACAAAAGGAUUUGUCCUGAUAGACACCACGUUAAUCUAGAAAUAGACAUGCCAAGGAAGUUAUCCAACCAAGCCCUACCAACAUUUGGAUACAUCAAAAUAAUACCCUUUUAUAUUUUGAAUGCAACACAUUACUUUGGUCGUAUAGUUGACAAACAGAUGGAUCUUUAUGCAAGUCUUAGUGCUGAAAUGAAUGAGUAUUUUAAGGGUAACAGCAACAAAAUGACUGUUGAAAAGGUGGAGAAACUUGGAUUAUAUGGAUUAGCAGAAAAAACACUAUUUCACAGGGUGGAGGUGCUGGAGAUGAGCCAAAAAGAAGACACCUGGGCUGCGGACAACGUCCUGGUGAAGUUCAUAGAUGAAGGCCGGACCGGACUCGUCACGAGAGGCCAACUGCUGCAUCUCCCGGAACACUUCCACACUCUGCCCCCCCAGGCGGUGGAGUUUAUUGUUUGCAGAGUGAAACCUGCGGACAAUGAAGUAGAAUGGAAUCCAAAGGUUACUAGGUACAUUCAUCAUAAAAUAAUUGGAAAAUUGCAUGAUGCCAAAGUGAUACUGGCUUUAGGGAACACGGUGUGGAUCGACCCAAUGGUGCACAUUACAAAACUUUCCAAUUUGAAGACCUCUGUUAUUGAUUAUAACGUUCGUACUGAAAUUCUGUCGAUGGGAAUGGGCAUCGACAACUCCGAGCACAUAGAACAGCUGAAGACGUUCCGUGAGGGAGCUAAGAUGCCGCCCGGUGAAGAAGGCCCGAGCCAGGCCCUCGCUCCUUCUCCAGCAGAAGAUGCUGCUCGUUUGCAGAGCCCACAGCGAGAGGACAGCGGCUCAGAAGGAGGGGCUGACUCUGAGACGAAGCCAGAAAACCAAAAGCAUGAAACUUUACCUGAAAACACGAGCGAUUCUUCCCUUCCCAGAACCACAGAGCCUCUGAAAAGCUUCCACCCACAGAUAAAGUGGUUCCAGAAAGAUGAUGUGGUCAUCCUGAAGAUAAGAAUAAGGAAUGUAAGAGAUUACAAAUGUAAAUAUUUCCAGGAUAGAGUUGUUUUCAGUGGCUGGGCAGGAGAGAAGUUUUACUUGGCUGACAUGGAGCUGCAGGCCAACAUAGCAAAAGAUGCCUGCAAAUGCACGAUCGUGAAUGAGGAGCCUGUGAUCACUCUUGCAAAAGAGACCAGGGGACCUUGGUGUGGCUUACUCAAACAGAAAAAUCCUAAUGUGGCUUUUGAUUUCGAUCACUGGGAAGAAUGUGAAGAGGACAGCCAGCUCCCGCAGGUUGUGAAUUCUAAAAACCUGCCGUGCACGGUGGCAGAGGUGGCUGAGAGCAGUGGGCAGCCGUCGGAGGAUGACGGAAUUGAGAGCGAAUGAGCACGAGUCAGAUCCGGAAGGUGGCCCGAACCGCACGCGGACAGAUGGACACGCCGUGUGGCUGGGAGCUCAGGAAAGCACAGUUACAGCCAGACCUGCCUUUGACUCCAGGAUAAAUUCUGACCAGGUGUCAGCCUGUGGCACUGGGAUUAGUACUGGUGAGAGUUGGGCUGCGGGGACUUUGCGGGGUGGGCGCUGGCCGGACCCAGGCCCACCGUCCACCUGCACCCGCAGGCCGGCACAGCCUCUCACGUGGAGCCUGUUCCAGCACGCUGAUCCUGAGUGACGGGGGAGCGUGCUGCGCCAUUUGGGGGAUGAACCGUCCUUCCCAAAGCUAGUCUGUUCACUUCUGCACGGAGACCCGGUUGGUACCUUGCCCAGACCCUCGUGUUGUGCAUAUAAAUUGAGGUUUCCGGCCGACAGUCUCAUGCUCUCCACCCUAAGCUGGUUGGGCUCCACAGAAUGAUCUAUGGACCUGUACUUGAUGUCAUCUGAGGAGCCUGGUCGCGACCCACGGGUCGACCAGGAGUGAAGGUAAAGCUACAGCUUCUGGAGACCCGCCUGGCCCAGCACAGUCCUGGGCACACAGGAAGAAGUUUUAUCUUUGGUGGAAAUGGAAGAGGAUGCGUGGGGUGCCUGGAAGCGACUCUCAGAACAGCUGGGUAUGGGGAGCCCUUGCCCCGCUCACAACACUGUCCGGUCACCAGCCCCUAACUCGGGGGCGCCCUGAGCCGGACUUGCCAUGUUAACUGGCAGAGUUGCGGAAGGGAGUGAAAUGUCAACCCUGCGUCUGUCUUCAGUAGGAGUCAGCAGCUUUGCCUAGAGGCGGGAAAGAACAGUGACCCAGUGAGACCAUUGUGGCUGCCCCCAAGACUUUUUUAUUAUACAUCAGAAAACACAGAUGUCCCAGUAGAUAAGCCACCACUUGAACAAAAGGUAUACUGUCACCAGGAUGUCCCGUGAGCAGGUUGGGAUCACACUCUGACUCUCAGUUUCCUCAUCUGUAAAAUAAGACUUUCUGCUCGCUGCGUGGCCUUGCCCUGCUCUAGGGGCUGCCCCUGGGUGCUGCUGGGUAGCGGCACCUUGAGGCCAGCCCUGGGCUCCGGGCAGCUGCCGCCAGGACUCCCAGGGGCUGCUCGGCGGCUGCUCGGCGGGUGUCAGAUUGGCACACGGGGUGAUUGUCCUUUCUCUGGGCUAAGUUGAGCAGGCUCUUCAGAGGUUGGAAGUCCCCCCGUCUGGCAAAGGUUUGACUCCGCGGAGCUCUUGUCCUCAGCAGGUGUCGCUUUCUGUAGGUAGAGAUUUUGCUCCCUCUGGGGGAGGCCUCUGGACAGGUGGCCAGGCCUGAGUGGCCCAGGCUUGCCUCGUGAUUGCUGGCCACCUGCCAGGGACACUCGCUUAUGUUCACUCUUUUGUAAAACAGCAAAUAAUAAGGGCAAGCAGUAGAGCUGCCUAAAUCGGGGCAGGGGUUCUGCUUCUUGAAACAGCCAGAGGGGAAUCGUGUGGGGAGCUGGGCAAGAUGUUUAAAUCUUGAUUUCUUUGUUUCAGACAUUUAAAUUUACCAUCUGAAGUUCUGAAUAACAUUUUGUAGGACAUAGUGACUUGUGAAAUGUAAACAAUUACCAAUUUUUUUUUGUUCCAUUCAUACAUAUUGACUUCGUGUUUGGGGAAAAUUCCUGAAAUGCAAAGUAGAAGUACCGUUGUCCCUAUGCUUCCAGCAUUGCUCACAGAGGCAGUCAUGGGAUAAAGGUCUUCUGUAGUCUGUCAAUAAAAUUUCAGUGUUUUCACAGA